AUGGCCGCCCUCGACUUGGGCGCCUGGACUAUCGCGAGCAUUGUUGUUGGGUUUCUGGCUAUACUUCCAUCCAUCAUGGGUUUAUUCGGCAAGAACAAGUUCGAUGUCAAUGGCAAGACCGUCCUCCUUACCGGCGCCUCCGAGGGCAUGGGCAGGAGUGCUGCCAUUCAGCUUGCGCAGAAGGGGGCAAAUGUUAUUAUUGUAGCACGGAAUGUUGCCAAACUGGAGGAGGCACUCGCUCAGGUCAAGGCCGCUGCCUUAAACCCUUCCUCCCAACGAUUCCAGUACAUCAGCGCAGACGUAGCAGACGAUUCAAGUGAACGGGUGAUCUCAGAGGCAAUCGCAUGGAACAAUGGCCAGGCACCAGACAUCGUAUGGUGUGUCGCCGGAUCCUCCCACCCCAGCAUUUUCCUCGAAACCUCAAGAGCGAUCAAAAGGCAGCAGAUGGAUAUCAACUACUGGUCCUGCGCGGACAUGGCACAAGCAAUAUUGAGCAAAUGGCUGGCACCAGGCGCUAUGGGCAAGGGUGGGCCAAAACAUCUGAUCUUCACGAGCUCUGUUGCGGCGUUCUAUCCCAUUGCUGGCUACGCAUCAUAUGCACCUGCGAAGGCUGCAAUCAGAUGUCUGGGUGACUCUUUGGCUCAGGAAAUAUUGCUGUACGGCGGCGACGUCAAGAUCCAUACCGUGUUCCCUGGCACGAUCAACAGUCCGGGACUGAUCAACGAGAAUAAGACGAAGCCGGGCAUCACAUUCCAACUUGAGGAGGGGGAUCCAGGUCUGACUCCUGAUGACAUGGCCGCAGGAGCUAUCAAGGGCUUGGAAAGGGGAGAGCACGUGAUCGUUGUUGGGAUCCUAGGGCAGAUAAUGCGUGCUGCGUGCUGGGGUUGCUCGCCGAGGAACAAUUGGCUUUGGGACACAUUCUUGUCGUGGAUCAUUGCGAUUGUUUGGUUCUUUGUGCCCAUAGAUAUGGAUGGAAAGGUUCGGGCGUAUGGGAAGAAGCACGGUCAUCCAAGUACGUAUCCAAAGAUGAACUAG